AUGUGGUUAGCAGUUGUGCUAUUCGUAUUAAAUAUUGCAUUGCAUUCAUUCCUUAUCACAUUAUGUAAAGGCAAAAAGGCAGCCAAUGCACCACCACCCGCAGCGGUUCCGAAACAAGAGGAGAAGCCAACUGAGCCUGAGAAGAAGGAAGGUGAGAGCAGUGAUGCGAAAAAGAGUGACGAUAAAGAUAAGAAAGAUGAAAAGAAAGAGGAAAAGAAGGAGGAACAAAAAGAGGAACAGAAUGAUAAAUCUGAUAAGAAAAUAAACAACAAGAAGGAAGAAGGCGAUAAGAAGGAUGACGAAGAGCAGAAGAAGGAAGGAGAAGAGGAGAAAGAAGCGUGUAUGCCGAACGAGUUACAUUGGAAAAUCGAGGAUGGUACCAUAAAGUACGGUAAUCAAAGCAUUAUGUUGCACAACACUGUCGGCAAAAGAUUGGCUUUCAAGAUGAAGACUACCGAUGCGAACAUUUACACAGUGAAACCACCGUUUACAUUCCUCGAUAAGGAUGAAAUCGCCGACAUCGAAGUAACGCAUGUCGAGGGCGGUGAAGCGAAACAGGAUCAAAUUCUUCUCUACUACACUGCGGUGGACGAUGAGAAAGCCACAGAACCCGAGUCACUGUUCAAGAAAGAUGAUGAUUCAUACGAACAUUAUACAGUUCAGCUCAUUGUCGAUGCAUAA